AUAUGAGUUAACUAUUUCGCAAAAUCACUUUUCUUAUUGAAAAAAAUUGAAAUGAUGACUUGGUGUAACACUCUGUGUUGUUCGAUGGAUUGUUGUCUUCAUGUUAUUCUUCUAUUCUCACUCUGUUUCAUUGCAGUUUUUCCUCAUCUAUCUCAUUCUUCACCUCAAUUUUCCUUAUGGAAUGGCAAUAAAGAAAUAAAAACGUCGAUUUUGAAAUUGACGACUAAUUCCUUGUCGACUCCAAUUGAUCCAACAAGGGUAACUCAAAUUUCAUGGCACCCCAGAGUUUUUAUAUAUAGGAAUUUUUUGACAAAUGAAGAGUGUGAUCAUUUCAUCUCUCUGGCUAAAGAUCAUCUGGAGAAAUCCAUGGUGACUGACCUUGAAACAGGGAAGAGCAUAGAGAGUGAAUAUCGGACAAGUAGUGGCACGUUUCUCAACAAAGCUCAGGAUGAAAUUGUUGCUAAUGUGGAAGCCAGAAUAGCUGCCUGGACAUUUCUCCCUGAAGAGAAUGGAGAACCAAUGCAGAUAUUGCAUUACGAACAUGGGCAAAAAUACGAGCCACAUUUUGAUUAUUUUACGGACAAAAUUAAUAAAGAGAUAGGCGGUCAUCGUAUAGCUACUCUCCUUAUGUAUUUGUCAGAUGUUGAUAAGGGUGGAGAAACAGUUUUUCCUAGAUCAGAGGCUGCAGAUUCUCAGCCAAAGGGUGAUGAUUGGUCUAAUUGUGCUAAAGAUGGCUAUGCAGUAAAACCAAGGAAAGGCGAUGCGUUGUUGUUUUUCAAUCUACAUAUUAAUGCAACAACUGAUCGUUUGAGCUUGCACGGAAGUUGCCCAGUGAUUGAAGGUGAGAAGUGGUCUGCUACAAAGUGGAUUCAUAUAAGGUCCUAUGACAGUAUUCCAUCAGCUGAGAAGUGUAUCGAUGCGCAUCCUGAUUGCUCCAGUUGGGCUGCUACUGGUGAAUGUGAUGAAAAUCCGUUAUAUAUGGUUGGCACUGAACAAUAUGUAGGUCAUUGCAGGAAGAGCUGUAAUGUUUGUUCAUGAUAGAAAAUUAGAAAUCUAUACAUGCAUUUUCUGCAUCUUUUAGCACAACACAUCCUAAAUUAAUGUGUAUCAUGACAUAUAACUAAAGCUAAAUGCAAUUGUGCACUUGAAUGAACCAGGGCAGCUCAACGCCUUUUAAAAAUGCU